CCUUUGCGCAAAGGGCAUCACAUCAAAGUGCCGAGUUCUGAUUGCGCUCAGGUGCCAAAGUAAUUGUCACGUGUGAUCGGACACCUUAUAUUUUAUUUUUUAAUAAUCGUAAUGAUGUGUUGAAAAAAUUGCUGUAUGAUGUGAAGGAUUUUGAUUAUGGCAAAAGUACUCUAUGCAGUCGUGGUGUAUGUUGUUUUAGUUUUUUUUGUUAAUUUUGGAGAAUCAAUCAAAUGGCUAUCCCUUCAGCAGUCCCAUCUUCAAUGGAAUUUGUCAUCUUUAAACAACAAUCCAGGCAGGGGUAUCAGGUCAGGAGUGAGAUCGCCUUGUACGAUAGCGAGACGACGAUAUGGUUUCGUAAAGAUCCAAGCUAAAUUGUGCCGACACUCAAUGGAGGUGAUGCCUCAUGUUCAAGCAGCAGCUGUACUGGCUUCCGAGACGUGCAGAAGCGUUUUCAUGAAUAGACGAUGGAAUUGUUCUUCGAUUUUUAUGGCACCUUUUUUACCACCGGAUUUAACGAGAGCAACUCGGGAACAAGCCUACGUGUACGCAAUCAGUUCGGCAGCUCUGACCUACACAAUGGCACGUGCCUGUUCGAGCGGCGCCCUCUAUCACUGCACGUGCGCCAGCAAACCCCCAGCAGUUCCCAACGGUCAAUUCCAAUGGGGAGGCUGCGGUGACAACGUGCAAUGGGGAGCUCAGUUUACAAGGAGGUUCAUCGAUAACGUAGAGAAACACACUUUGGAAAAAAGGAGUAAAGAAAUCACAGAUUCAAAGAAGGUUGUCAAAAUGCAGAGCGACGAAGCUGUGGGGACAAAUGCUGUGGCAGCGGUUAAUUUACACAAUAAUAGAGUGGGUAGGAAGGUUAUGGUUGAGAGUUUAAGAACGCAAUGCAAGUGCCAUGGUGUAUCGGGUUCUUGCAAUAUUAAAACCUGCUGGAAGGCGCUUCCUCCUAUGUCAGAAAUCGGCGUCAGGCUAUUAGAAAAGUAUACCAACGCAAUAAAAGUAUAUGGAGACGCUUUUGGCGAAAUUAUACCCGAAAAAACUGCUAAAAGAGUUAAAAAAGCAGCCAGCACGCAGCUGCUGGUUUAUAUUUCCAAAAGUCCAGAUUAUUGUACAAAAGAUGAUAAAUUAGGAAGUUUUGGGACGGUAGGAAGGCAAUGCAACGUAUCGACGAGCGGCCCAGAAAGUUGCAGACAGCUGUGUUGCGGAAGAGGAUAUCGUACAGUAGUUGACGAAAAGAUAGAAAGAUGCCAGUGCAAAUUUUACAACUGUUGUUAUGUCAAAUGCCAAAUUUGUCGAACGAAAACCCAAGUAUAUGAAUGUUUGUAAGCACAAAAAAUCGUUAAAAAUGUCCAUAUUUAUUAUUUAUAGAUUUAAAUUUUUAUUUUAAUCUAAAAUAGGUGUUAUCAGAUGAUUUUAUACUUACUAAUUUCAUAGUGAG